UCAGUUCCUGGAAUAGAUGGAGGUGCUUUAACUGAUACAAGUCUUACAGAUUCCUAUUUCAGCACCAGCUUCAUUGGAGUCAAUGGAUUUGGAAGCCCAGUGGAAACAAAGUAUCCCUUGAUGCAGAGAGUGACUAACAGUAGCAGCUCCCCAAGCCUUCUGAAUGACAGUGCUAAGCCAUAUGCAGGCCACGAUCCUCUAACUUCACCUGCUUCAUCCUUGUUUAAUGACUUUGGUGCCCUCAACAUCUCUCAGAGAAGAAAGCCAAGGAAGUAUCGCCUGGGGAUGCUGGAGGAGAGGCUAGUUCCGAUGGGAUCAAAGGCACGAAAAGCAAAGAACCCUAUUGGCUGCCUUGCUGACAGGUGUAAAUCAGGAGUACCCAUCAAUAUGGUUUGGUGGAACAGAGUCACAGAAAACAAUUUACAGACACCAAAUCCUACUGCAAGCGAGUUUAUUCCUAAAGGAGGAUCAACCUCCAGGCUGAGUAACGUGUCCCAGUCAAAUAUGUCUGCCUUCUCUCAAGUUUUCUCUCACCCGUCCCUGGGAAGUCCUGCUGCUGCUGGCUUAGCACCAGGAAUGUCCUUGUCUGCCGGAUCUUCUCCUCUUCAUUCUCCCAAGAUCACUCCACAUACUUCUCCUGCGCCCAGAAGAAGAAGUCACACUCCAAAUCCAGCAAAUUACAUGGUGCCUUCUAGUGCCUCUGCAUCUGUUAAUAAUCCUGUUUCUCAGACUCCAUCUUCUGGUCAGGUGAUCCAAAAGGAAACUGUCGGUGGGACGACUUACUUCUAUACAGACACAACCCCAGCACCUUUGACUGGAAUGAGAUCUUUCAAAAAUUAUCACAGAACAGCUUGCCGAACAGAAGGUCAAAUAAUUGAGGUAUUUCCAAACUACCACAUAUAUCCUCCAACUGCACCUCAUGUUGCCUACAUGCAACCAAAAGCAAAUGCACCCUCCUUCUUCAUGGCCGACGAACUCCGACAGGAGCUGAUUAACAGGCAUUUAAUAACAAUGGCUCAAAUCGACCAAGCAGAUAUGCCAGCAGUCCCUACAGAAGUUGACAGCUACCAUAGCCUGUUCCCUCUAGAACCACUGCCGCCGCCCAACCGGAUACAGAAAUCAAGUAAUUUUGGAUACAUCACAUCUUGCUACAAAGCUGUAAACAGCAAAGACGAUCUGCCGUAUUGCCUUCGGAGGAUACACGGUUUUCGUCUCGUUAACACAAAGUGCAUGGUGUUGGUCGAUAUGUGGAAAAAAAUUCAGCACUCAAAUAUCGUGACCUUGCGUGAAGUAUUUACCACUAAAGCAUUUGCAGAGCCUUCCCUUGUGUUUGCAUAUGAUUUCCAUGCGGGAGGAGAGACUAUGAUGAGCAGACACUUCAAUGACCCUAAUGCUGAUGCCUAUUUCACAAAGAGAAAGUGGGGUCAACAUGAUGGACCAUUACCCAGACAGCAUGCUGGAUUGUUGCCAGAAUCUCUUAUUUGGGCCUAUAUUGUCCAACUGAGUUCUGCGUUGCGUACCAUUCACACAGCAGGUUUGGCGUGUCGAGUUAUGGACCCAACAAAGAUUCUGAUAACUGGCAAAACAAGGUUGCGAGUAAAUUGUGUUGGAGUUUUUGAUGUUUUAACAUUUGAUAACAGUCAGAAUAAUAAUCCGUUGGCAUUAAUGGCGCAGUACCAGCAAGCAGAUCUGAUAUCAUUAGGAAAAGUUGUGUUGGCUUUGGCUUGCAACUCUUUGGCAGGAAUUCAGCGAGAGAAUUUACAGAAAGCCAUGGAACUGGUGACAAUCAACUACUCCUCUGACCUGAAGAACCUGAUUCUGUAUUUGUUGACUGACCAAAACAGGAUGCGAAGUGUAAAUGACAUCAUGCCCAUGAUUGGUGCUCGAUUUUAUACUCAGUUGGAUGCUGCUCAAAUGAGAAAUGAUGUCAUAGAGGAAGACCUUGCAAAGGAGGUUCAAAAUGGAAGACUGUUUAGGCUUCUAGCAAAAUUGGGAACAAUCAAUGAGAGGCCGGAGUUUCAGAAGGAUCCUACCUGGUCGGAGACUGGAGACCGUUAUCUGUUGAAACUCUUUAGGGAUCAUCUUUUCCAUCAGGUGACAGAAGCGGGUGCCCCUUGGAUUGACCUCAGUCAUAUCAUUUCUUGUCUUAACAAGUUAGAUGCUGGCGUGCCAGAAAAAAUAAGCCUCAUUUCCAGAGACGAGAAGAGCGUACUUGUGGUGACUUACAGUGACUUAAAGCGCUGCUUUGAAAACACUUUCCAGGAACUGAUUGCAGCUGCGAAUGGGCAGUUGUAG